AUGGGCAAUUCAAAUUCUGCACAACAGUUUCAGCAACGAUCCAUUUCCUUCUUGGAAGAGAAAGACAUUAUCAAAAUAUCCUUUGAAUUUCCUACACCGAUCGUUGGAGUAGACAUGGCUCCGACCUUGUAUAUUAAAAAUUUGGGAACUUGUAUCAUUGAAUGGUUCCGAGAAACAAAUAGCGAUCCCACAAAAACAUACAAAAAAGAUGAAACAAGUAGCAUUUCCUUGUACAAUGGUUUAAGCUAUGUUCCCACAAGUGAUGAUUUAAAUUAUAGACUACGGUUAAGAGUAGUGCUAUUUGAUGACGAAUUUUAUUUAAAGACAGGAAAAUGUUUUUGUAAAGACAUUAUAACAAAACCAGUAAUUCAAAUGCCAACAUCUAUACCACGCAGAACAAUUAUUUCGACUAUGGAUGAAAAUAUCUUGGAUUACAGACAAAAGACGAGACUUUUAUUGACAUAUUACAAACCAGAUUUUGUUUUUUCUGUUGGAAGCUAUACGUUGGAUUAUAGAGGCGUAAAAAAUCGUACACUACCAGACUUGGACUUUAUUUCAUACUCAAUUUAUAGAAAGAGAUUGAUUUAUAGAGAAAUCAUUCAGUCAGAUAUUGACAUGCUGUCUCUGCAAAAUGUCACACUCACGGAAUAUAACGACUGGAAUUUAGAUCUCUCAAAAAUUGGCUAUUCAAAUGUAUCCCACAUUCUAGAUAGCUCCAAUGCUGGAAAUUGUAUUUUUUACAAGAGAAGCAAGUUUAGCAGAUUUGCAGAUACAAAAGUUGUUGAGCUUGAAUAUGAUGAUUCUGUUUUUAAAACACUGCAACAAACUUUAAGAAAUUUUGGGGAGUCCUCGAAUGAAGAAGUUGACAUUACACAACUGAAACUGCUAUGUGAAACUCAACAAGAAAAGAUUCGAAACAAUACUCUGCCGUCUCUCUGCAGCAUAGCCGAGUUUGAAAUGAAGGACAAUGCAGAGCUGUUAAAAGUGUUUAAUCAUGAGUUACUGGAGGAUAGAAGGACUACAAGAUUACGGUCGCAAAUUUUGUUCGAUCAGUUGAAUGUCUUGGUCAUUAACUUUGCUUUGCAUUCACUUUCAGAUGUUGACGAAAGGAUUCAAUUAGAAAAGAAUUUUGACCUGGAAACCAAAUUUUUGCUUACCCAAUUGGUUGCCAUAUUUAAAUGUUUUACAAAUUACAUUGCUACCCGAGUACAACAGCAACCUAAACUAAGACUUGGAAUAACACUUUGUGGAAACAUUGGCGUCAACAACAAGGACACAAUUCUUCACAAGUUUAUCACUAGUAGAUUUGGGUUUACUAGUCCUUACAGAAUUAUUACCGGAGAUGAAUUUAAAUUCAUUUCCAAUUACACUCACGAUUCCACGUAUUCAAGCAACCUCAUUUACUUUUCGUGUGACCAUUUUCAGCCUCUAUCAAUUGUUUCUUCUAGCGUGCAAGUUGCACAAGAGAGUAUCAUCCCUCAACAAGACUCUGAAGUUCAGCUUUCUUUCCCAAGUGAGUGCUUUGUUUGUGACGAACCAAUGCUUAAAUGUGAAAUUCAAUGGAUCGAUCCAUAUUCUAUUCAAUCAGAACCUAAAAGUCAGAUUGAGAAUUAA